GGUGUUCGAAGUGUUGCUUACUCGUGAGAUGAACAAUUCCUCUACCGUAUCAUGCUACCCGUUCGCUGAAUUGAAACGUGCACGAGACGAUUUUGUUGCACGUUGGCACCACGCCAUGCGCUUCGAUCCUAAGCUCCGUGAUCUGUAUGAGCAGCAUCACCGCUCUCCGCCGUCAAUUCGAAUGAUAAACUGUACAGAAUAUCCUUUUGAACAGGAAGAUACAGUGUCGCAAAUGCCCCCUAUUCCCUCCCAUUCCGAUACGCCAACUCCACAGCCACCCAAGUUGCCUGAUCCGCGCAUGCGGUUUCAACUUGAUUGUCAGAAGCUUACGGAAGCCAUUUUUUCUCAACAGUCAGCAGCGGCGCGUCGCAGUGUGGAUGAGGAUGCUCCUUCCUUCUUAAUUUGUGAUAACUGUUCUUCCACUUUCCCGUCAAAAUCAGAAGCGGAGAGGCACCUCAGACAGCAACAGCAUACUUCCUGCAGUUCUUACUCCAGCAUACCAGAUCCGGAGAACGAGGACAGUCAAAUGUUGGUACUUCGUCAGCCGCGCGUUGUAUACAACGGUCUAGUCCCAUACUUAAAUUGGCUGUCUGACACUAUGGUGGUUCUGUGCCCUACUUGCUAUUUGAUUCUACCGGACAAAGUAAGCAGGAUGUCUUUUGGGGUUCUUUCUCUGCUCAUUAAGUGUAUUAGUUAAGUAUGGGAUUGUUAAUCCGUCAAAUAGCCUACGCACGCAUGCUUUUUG